GCCCAACACCUGGCAUUGCGGGACACCACAACCUUCUCUUCCUUGGUCUUAUCACACAAAACCCUAGGCCUCCACCUUUCCAGUUAUAAAUUCCUCCCCAAAGACUAUUCUACCCUUCAAGAAAUAUUUCCAACAUCUUUUCUUCUUUACCAGUAUAAAGCAAAACCAAGAGAAAGUUCCAAACAGAAACGAGAAUGAAGGACUGUGAGCUGUGCAAGGUACCGGCGAGAAGCUACUGUGAAUCCGAUGAGGCUUUUCUGUGCUGGGACUGUGAUGCCAAAGUUCAUGGAGCUAAUUUUCUGGUGGCUCGACACGUGCGCAGUCUCCUCUGCCAGUCUUGUCAGUCUCUCACCCCUUGGAAAGCCACCGGAGUUAAACUCGGCCGUACUGUUUCUGUCUGUGAAAUAUGUGUAAAUGGAGACCAUCUGAAAGAAGGAGAAGGAGAAUCUGAGCAAGAUGAGGAUGAUGUGGCCGUCGGCGAGGGGGGAGGGGAUGCUGAUAAUCAGGUGGUUCCAUUGUCAUCGAUGACAACGCCGCGGCCGCCGACUGAUACUUCCUCCUCUUCUUCUUCUAGUAAUAGUCAAGAGAGCGUGAGUAGAGUGGUUUUUGAACCUGCGAACGUCAAAUCCUUGAAACGGAAGCGUAAGAGUUGGAUAGAUCUUAAUUCUACGUUUCAGAUAUUCUGUUUAUUGAAGGAAACUGAUAACGAAGACGGACUGAACGAUGAUGCAGAAGGAUCUCAACCGCUCAUCUUAUAAACGGAGAAACGGUGGCCCAGCGUUAACAACUCAACCAGGUGGCGACGGUGACGGUGAUGGUUCUUUUAACUACCCUUCGAGAAACUGGAGAAUCGAAACGGCGACGCGUCCAUCUAAGGCCGGUUCAAAGAUCUGUGGCGGUUGUCGAGUCUCCGAAGAGAUUUCAGCAACGGGACAAGUGGAGAUAGGAGAUUGAACGAAGAAUCUGGAGCAAUUGAUGUUUGCUCAUCGUGGAGUCCUGGCCGAAUGAUUUGACGUAUUUUAGGGGUAAUUUUAGCUUGACCUUUAAAAAACACAGCAGUCUUUAGUUGAGUUGUUUGUUGACCAUUAGGUAAUUAUGCAUUACAAUUUGUUAAUUAAAUGUGUCACCGAAAAUUUUGUUAAUUAAUUAGAUUGAUGUAUUCUGAUUUCUCGGUGAGCAAUAUUACCACAGAUAUCGUACGGAAAAA